GGGGGCGCUGUGUUUACACCCGCAUCACUUCACAUCACUGAAGAAGAGCGGCUCAGAUGGAGGGGCUGGGUGGUGUUUAAAGACAUGCUUUUAAAAAGAUCCAUUAAACUUUUACGGUAGAGAUGCGUCCGAUUUAAUCUCAUCUGCAUUAUUACUUAUUGGCAAACGCAUAAAUAAAUCCGAUGUGGCGUUUAAAAAAAGUUUGCCACAAAUCCAGUCGGCCUGACAACACGGAGCAGCUCAGACUGAAGAGGAGAGAGCAGGAGAGAGCUUUGAGACAGGCUCGCAGGGACAAACAGCUGUUCAGCAAGAGACUUUUGCUCAGUGAAGAUGAGGAGCACAGCACAGAACAACAUGAUGUGGUCAGUUUGUUUCACCAUCUUCAGAAAUGUGGUCCGGAGAAAGAAGCCUCCCUGAAAGCUUUGAGUAGAGCCUUGCGUGAUCCAUCAGCGCAGACCAAAUUCAUCAAGUUGGAAAAUAGUAUACAUGUGCUGGUGGGCCUCCUCACUGGUUCUAACACGGAGUGCCGUCUUCUGGCUGUGCGCUGUCUUCAUGAACUGUCCCACUCUCCACACAGUGCUGUCUCAUUGGCCUGUCUCCCAGCCUCCCCAUACCUGCUCACAUACUUAUCUGGACAGAGCACUAAGUUUACUGAGCUGUGCCUUUACACAUUGGGGAAUUUGUGUCCUGAAAAUGAUGCUGUGAAGGACAAAGUACUUUCUCAGGGAAUAAUACCAGCUCUUACAAAUUGCUUAGAGACCCAGAUGCAUAACCUGGCAUUGGUAGAGGCCAUUGGAUUUACACUCUCUCAGCUGUUGCAAGGUACAAAAGCGGCAGAGAGAAUUGCAGCGACUGUCAUGGGAUCACGGCUUCCUUUACUCUUGUGUUCAGUUCUCUCUUCCCCUGACCCAAAGUUCGGUUUGGGUCCAGUGAUUGAAUGCGCCUGGUCUCUGCAUUUUCUUAUUUGCAGUAUUCCUGGCGAUUGCAGCGUUCUCUUAUCUCAUGGGACUCUCUCCAAAUGCAGUUCCCUUUUAGUAUCAAUAGGUGGCACUGUUGCUGAAGAAAAGAAAGAUGAAGGACUGGAAUUGGCUGUCUGGCCCCUCCUGCGUUGUGUGGGAAACCUGUCGUCCUCUUGUCCCGUGGAGCACCUCAGUGAACAGGUUGAUACCCGUCUCCUGGCUGCUCUGUGUGCUCUUCUUAAUGUUUACCUGAAGACACAGCCUGCGCUGGCCCGAGAGGCAGCCUGGGUACUCAAUAAUCUCACAGCUCACUCAACUGACUUCUGCUCAGCGCUACUAACACAGAACCUGGUCCCUGAUCUUAUCCAGCUUCUGCCUUUCUCUCUGGGCAUCAAUACUAUGAUCCUCAGAGUUCUUGCCAACGUUGCUCACCAGAAAAAGCAUUUUUGUGAUCAGCUUGUGCGUCUUGGACUACUUUCUGCUCUCUGCGCAACCCUGAAAAUGGCCGACACAGAAAUGGUGGUCUUAAGUCUGGAUGUUCUGAAUAUGCUGAUUGACGGUAACUUACAGGUUGCAGAGGAAUUUGUAAAACAAGGUGGACUUUUAAUGAUAGAAGCCCUUCAGUACAACCAUGAAGGAGAGCUGCGUCAGAGAGCACUGUACCUACUUGAACACAAACUAUGCUAUCCCCGUUGAUGCAAAACACAAUGUGACACAAUUUUUAAAUAUAUAUUAUUCUCAUAUGAAUUUUUAAUGUAAUUUCCAAAGAAAAUACUCAAAUAAAAUAUGUAUAUAAAUUUACAUGUGAUUUAUGGGGUACUGUGUAGGUCUUUUAAUGUGUGAAUGUAUGGAUCAAAGUCUCUGCUGUAAUACUUGUAUUUUGUAUAAGAUGCAUUCUGUGAUAUUUUUAAGCGAUCAUAGCCUGUGGUGUGCACAUGACAAAACAAUUCAUGAAAUAAAAGUGGGCCUAAUUCU